AGGAAUAACGAUCCAAAUCAAACUCGAGCUUCUUACGGCUCAGCUGGGCUUACAGCCCUCAGCUGCCCUAAUUGAUCGAAACGAGAAGCGGUGAGAAGACAGAGAAGCCGGGCAUGGCGACCGCGGCGGUGAAGAUGAUCGGCGUGGUGGGAAGCGGUCAGAUGGGGUCGGGGAUAGCGCAGGUGGCCGCUGUCGCGGGCUUCGACGUCUGGCUCCUCGACUCCGACCCCGUCGCCCUCCAGCGGGCGGAGAAAGCCAUCGCCGCCUCCGUCCAGCACCUCGUCUCCAAGGGUCAGCUCUCCCAGCUUGCAGGUACUAACUUAUUGAACCACUUGAGAUACACAUCAAGUUUAGAAGAUCUUAAAAGUGCAGAUGUCAUAAUUGAAGCCAUUGUGGAAUCUGAAGUCAUAAAGAAGAAGUUAUUUUCAGAACUUGACAGGAUUGCAAAAGUUUCUGCAAUUUUGGCAUCUAAUACUAGUUCCAUAUCCAUUACUCGCCUUGCUUCUUCAACUAGUCGGCCAGCACAGGUGAUAGGCAUGCACUUCAUGAAUCCCCCUCCGGUUAUGAAACUGAUCGAGAUUGUGAGGGGAGCUGACACUUCAGAUGAGGUCUUCAUAACAAUAAAAAACUUGGCAGAAAGGUUCGGGAAGACUGUAAUAUGCUCUCAAGAUUUCCCAGGCUUUAUUGUGAACAGGAUCUUGAUGCCGAUGAUCAAUGAGGCCUUUUUUGCUCUCUACACUGGUGUGGCCACAAAAGAAGACAUCGAUACUGGAAUGAAACUGGGCACAAACCAUCCAUUGGGUCCAUUACAGCUUGCAGACUUUAUCGGUUUGGAUAUAUGUCUUUCCAUUCUUAAAGUGCUUCACGAAGGGCUCGGAGACAGCAAAUACAUCCCCUGCCCACUUCUUGUUCAGUAUGUUGAUGCUGGUCGACUAGGGAGAAAGAGAGGGAUUGGUGUCUACAACUACCAGAAUAGAAGUCCAUUAGCUAAACCAUUAUCCUCGCUGUAAGUCUCUCAACGGAAAAGACUCGCGGAACGGUAUUACGUGAAAUAGAAUAAAAUUGUGGACUUGAUACUGUUAACUAUGAAAUGUGCUAUGGUACAUUCAUCAAGACUUUCAAACUCAACUUGCAUUAAA